AUGAAUAUCAGUCAGAAAAAUGAAACAGGUUCCUUCAUAAGCCCGUUUAUAAUUGAUGAUCUGAUUAUAACUUCCUCAUCUGUUGCCGGGUUCACUCUAAUCGCCUGUAUUGUAGCGCUCAUUUUGUGGUUACAAAAAGACUUCAGAAAUGUCCCCUAUGCUAAAAAUUGGAAACACGGUUUGAUGCAUAUUUCAGGGACAUUGGUGGCAAUUGUCCUUUUUUUAUUUGACUUUGCGAGUGACAUCAAUAUGACAUACAUUUUCUGGCAUGAAAACAGCAUUGAAAAUUUUAUUUUUUCUCUUAUAUUUACGGGACUUCCAGUUCUUGUAAAUAUAAUAACGAUAAUUAUGGUUGUGAGAGAAAAUGACAAUGUCAAUAAGAUGGUUUUGGUCUGCUGUAUCUUCUUUUCGCCGUUCAUUCAACUAUUUGUGUUGAUGCCAGUUUUAGCUUUGGGUGAACAAAGCAAGAAAGCUGAGACACUGGUUAGAUUGGCAUCUUUAUUGGGCUUGAUUGAGACAACGUUUGAGUCUGCACCACAAAUAAUUGUUCAAAUUUCUAUCAACAUACACAGUACAGAAGAUGAAGAGUCAAGCAUAAAAUACAUCAGAUAUAUGACACUGGCUGGAUCAGCUCUUGGACUUGCAAAAUCAAUGUACAACUUUAAACAUAACGUCGAGAAAGGGGACACUGGUACACUGACUUUCCGAACAAAACUUGUGUCAUUUUGUUCUCGCAUUGCAGAAAUUGGGCCAAGAGUUAUUCUCCUAGCAUUGCUUGUUUCAGAAUUUAGAUUAUACUCUGCUGUUUUCUUUGCUUGUCAUAUUGCUAUUACGUUGGCAAUAGCUUUUGCAGCUGGGCGUAAUUACAGAGUAUCAGACGAAUUUAAAACUGGGCGUAAAAUAAUGCUCUUGUUGCUUGGGAGUUUUGCAAAUACCUUCUUCUUUUGCAAAUACAAGUUGUAUGAAAAUGUUAAUGGAUUUGCGCAAAUAAUGUAUAGUGUUAUCUUUUACAUUUUUUCUACAUAG